AUGGAGAUACUGUCUAUUAAAUAUUUCUGCCAACUUGAAGUAUGUGAUGAGGUAUUUGCGCUGUAUGACAGGUGCAGCCUUCCUUUAAAUAAUAUGGAAACGAACUUUGAUCGAUUAUUGAGGUUACUGAGAAAAGGCGAAAUGUCAUGCGCCCUGGAUAUUGUUGAUGGGUUAUCGGAUUCGUCGUUAAUGUUCUUACCUCUCGCUAUGGUUGCCGUGCAUCUGCUGGCCGAAGUGGAGAACUGGGAGAAAGUUAGCAUGAACGAAACAGAUUUGAACUUUUCCGCUAUUCUUCAUAGAAAUAAGAUACAUUUCUGUUAUGUACUGAAAAAAAACCGCACUUUUAUCAUUUACCGUGCUCUGCGAAAUGGAAAUGCAGCCGACGCAGCUGAAGAUGCUGAGGCUCUCCUUGGCGACGAAUCGAAGUCGUGGCGCGAUCUCGUUCUUAUUGCAGAGUUGAAUAUUGCUUUGUCAAAAGAUGCGACAUCAUUGCUAGUGAAGACAUAA